UUUUUUUUUUCUUCAGCUUCAGAGUCGAAACUUGUAGGAGCCAUUCUCUUACAAUUGCUCUUACAAUUGUCAAUUGAGGUUUACGACGACAUGAUAUUCUGAGUUGACUACUUUUUGCGGCCUUAGAAAGCUCUGCUUAUGAGCUUGUGCUGCUUCCAAUUAACCCCUCUCAUCGCCUUAUUCCAAACAUCACCAUUCUGCUCAAACACCAACAUCCCCCACCGGCUAGCAGCCAGUACGAGUCGAAAUGGAGGAUUCCGUACACUAUCAGCCCGCCUCUGCGCGGAUUGUGGGCUCCGAGGACGAAGGUCUUAUGUGCCUUGACCUCGAGGAUCACUCUUCCUACCAGGGGUACAGCUUUGGUGCCAAGAAGAGCAUCGCUGGAGAGUUGGUUUUCCAGACAGGUAUGGUUGGAUACCCAGAGUCGGUGACAGACCCUUCGUAUCGUGGACAGAUUCUUGUAAUCACAUUCCCCCUCGUGGGAAACUAUGGUGUGCCCUCUAGAGAGACGAUGGACGAACUACUUCGUGACCGUCCCGCACAUUUCGAGUCUUCUCAGAUUCACAUCGCCGGUCUCGUCGUAUCUUCCUACGCCGGCGAAGAGUUCUCCCACUUCCUCGCAACCUCCUCCUUAGGAACAUGGUUAAAAGAGCAGGGGGUCCCUGCUAUGUAUGGUGUCGAUACGAGGGUUCUGACAGAACGCAUUAGACAAGAAGGUAGUAUGCUAGGCCGGAUGUUGUUGCAAAAGCAAGGCUUGACGAAUGGAACAACCAACGGCGUUAAUGGCACUACAAGCCAUCAUAUCACGCAGGACUGGAAGCCACACUUUGAUAUGAUCGAUUGGGUUAAUCCCAACACUAAGAACCUUGUGGCUGAGGUCUCUAUCAAACAGCCUCAACUCUAUAAGCCAGCCCCAUCUUCGGCACUUAAACAUCCUUCGGGACGCCCUCUCCGUGUACUUUGCCUGGAUGUUGGCAUGAAAAACAAUCAACUUAGGUGCUUCUUAAACAGAGGCAUCGAAGUGCUCGUGUGUCCUUGGAAUCAUGACAUUGCUAGUGGUGCCGGAGAAGAGUAUGAUGGACUCUUUAUAUCAAACGGUCCUGGUGACCCGGCCGUCAUGCGCGAACCCGUAGAGCAAAUUGCCAAGGCGAUGAAGGCCAACCGUACACCGGUCUUUGGCAUUUGUCUUGGUCACCAGCUACUCGCCCAAGCGGCCGGCGCAAAGACUGCGAAGAUGAAGUUCGGUAAUCGAGGUCACAACAUACCUUGCACGAGCAUGGUAACAGGGAAGUGUCACAUUACUUCACAGAAUCAUGGUUUCGCAGUCGAUGCCGGAAGCCUUCCAGAGGAAUGGAAGGAGCUGUUUGUAAAUGCCAACGAUGGUAGCAAUGAAGGUAUCAUGCAUGUCAGCAAACCACACUUCAGCGUACAAUUUCAUCCGGAGAGUACACCGGGUCCUCGCGAUACAGAGUUCCUGUUCGAUGUUUUCAUCAAUACUAUUGUCAGUUGCGCCAAGAACCCAGAACUUCUCGAUUCUCCAGUCAAGUUCCCUGGAGGCACCACCGAAGAAAAUGAGAGGCUACAUCCUCGUGUCAACGUCAAGAAAAUCCUGGUUCUUGGAAGUGGUGGCCUCAGCAUUGGACAGGCAGGCGAAUUUGACUAUUCGGGAAGCCAGGCCAUCAAGGCUUUGAAGGAAGAAGGCAUUUACACUGUCCUCAUCAAUCCUAACAUUGCGACGAUCCAAACUUCGAAGGGUCUCGCUGAUAAAGUCUAUUUCCUUCCUGUUACCGCCGAGUUCGUCCGCAAAGUGAUCGUUCAUGAACGACCGGACGCAAUAUACGUUACAUUCGGUGGCCAAACCGCUCUGCAAGUCGGCAUUCAACUUAAGGAUGAAUUUGAGGAGCUCGGUGUCAAGGUGCUAGGUACCCCAAUUGACACGAUCAUUACUACGGAAGAUCGCGAACUGUUUGCUCGUAGCAUGGACUCCAUCGGCGAGAAAUGCGCUAAGUCUGCUUCUGCGAGUAGUGUAGACGAAGCAAUGCGCGUUGUGCAGGACAUUGGCUUCCCUGUUAUCGUCAGGGCCGCUUAUGCUCUGGGUGGGCUGGGCAGCGGCUUCGCCAACAAUGAAACUGAGCUCCUAGACCUCUGCAACAAGGCUCUAGCGGCAAGCCCGCAGGUACUUAUCGAACGAAGCAUGAAAGGCUGGAAGGAAAUUGAAUACGAAGUCGUACGCGAUGCUCAAGAUAAUUGCAUCACGGUCUGUAACAUGGAGAACUUCGACCCCCUCGGUAUUCACACGGGAGACUCUAUCGUCGUCGCGCCAUCGCAGACAUUAUCAGACGAGGACUACAACAUGCUACGGACGACAGCAGUCAACGUCAUCCGUCAUCUAGGCGUAGUCGGGGAGUGUAAUAUUCAAUAUGCCUUGAAUCCAUUUUCAAAGGAGUAUUGCAUCAUUGAAGUCAAUGCAAGACUAUCAAGAUCGUCCGCUCUAGCAUCCAAAGCAACCGGGUAUCCACUUGCCUUCAUCGCUGCCAAGCUAGGACUGGGCAUUCCAUUGAAGGAAAUCAAGAACACGGUUACAAAAGUAACAUGUGCCUGUUUCGAACCGUCACUUGAUUAUGUCGUUGUCAAGAUGCCCCGAUGGGACUUGAAGAAGUUCACAAGAGUAUCUACACAACUUGGAUCAUCGAUGAAGAGUGUUGGUGAAGUUAUGAGCAUCGGAAGAACGUUCGAGGAAGCCAUCCAAAAGGCAAUCCGAGCUAUCGAUUUCCAUAACCUUGGCUUCGGCGAAACCAAGGCUCUCAUGUCAAUUGACGACGAGCUGCAAACUCCAUCCGAUCAACGUCUUUUCGCUAUUGCAAAUGCGAUGCAUGCUGGAUAUUCGGUCGACAGAAUCUGGGAACUCACUAAGAUUGAUAAAUGGUUUCUGCACAAGCUCAUGGGUCUAAGCCAAUUCAGUAAAGAAAUGACCAAUUACAACACAAGCCAAAUCUCCCGACGUAUUGAUCUGCUUCUUCAGGCAAAACGACUUGGAUUUAGUGAUCGUCAACUAGCAAAAUUCUGGGACUCCAACGAACUAGCAGUAAGACGUAUGAGACUCGAAGCUGGAAUCACCCCAUACGUCAAGCAAAUCGAUACCGUCGCUGCUGAAUUCCCUGCCUAUACCAACUACCUCUACCUCACAUACAACUCUUCCGCACAUGACCUCACGUUCAAUGAUCACGGUGUGAUGGUACUCGGAUCAGGUGUAUAUCGCAUAGGAUCGUCCGUCGAGUUCGACUGGUGCUCUGUCAGAGCUAUCCGCACCCUCAGAGAGUCCGGGUUCAAGACGAUUAUGGUCAACUUUAAUCCAGAGACGGUAUCGACCGAUUACGACGAAGCUGAUAGAUUAUAUUUUGAGAAUAUAAAUUUGGAGACGGUUCUCGAUAUUUAUCAGAUGGAAUCGGCCAGUGGAGUUUUGGGCGCUAUGGGUGGUCAAACGCCCAACAACAUUGCCUUACCACUUCUUCGUUCAGGUGUUAAAGUUCUCGGAACAUCUCCUGAAAUGAUUGAUAGGGCCGAGAAUCGUUAUAAAUUCUCACGUAUGCUCGAUGAGAUUGCUGUCGAUCAACCCACAUGGAAGGAACUCACUAGCUUUGAGGAUGCUAGGAGUUUUUGCAGAAAGGUUUCGUAUCCCGUAUUGGUUCGACCUUCAUACGUCUUGUCGGGUGCUGCGAUGAAUACUGUGUAUUCGGAGGCAGAUCUCCAGCUAUACCUUGAGCAAGCUGCUGAAGUUUCACGUGAACACCCUGUGGUUAUCACGAAGUACAUCGAGAAUGCCAAGGAAAUUGAAAUGGAUGCCAUCGCUAAGAACGGAACUGUGGUUGGACAUUUCAUUUCUGAACAUGUCGAGAAUGCUGGUGUUCAUUCUGGAGAUGCAACCCUUAUACUACCACCUCAGGACCUUGAACCGACCACGAUCCAACGUAUCGAAGAGGCUACACGGAAGAUUGGCGCUAAACUCAACGUCACUGGUCCUUUCAAUAUUCAAUUCAUCGCGAAGGAUAACGACAUCAAAGUCAUUGAAUGUAAUGUUCGAGCCUCACGCUCAUUCCCCUUUGUAUCGAAGGUCAUGGGGGUUGAUCUGAUCGAAAUGGCUACCAAGGCCAUCAUGGGAAUUCCCUUCACUGAAUACCCCCCAACCACUUUACAACAGGAUUGUGUCGGAGUGAAAGUUCCGCAAUUCAGUUUUUCGAGGCUUUCCGGAGCCGAUCCAGUGUUGGGCGUGGAGAUGGCUUCGACGGGAGAAGUCGCUUGUUUCGGGAUGGACAAGUAUGAGGCGUAUCUCAAAGCAUUGAUGUCAACGGGCUUCAAGAUCCCAAAGAGCAAUAUCCUGCUAUCAAUUGGAUCUUACAAAGACAAGAAGGAGAUGCUUCCGUCGGUCGAGAAAUUGCAAAAGAUGGGAUAUAAGCUAUUCGCUACUGCAGGCACCGCCGACUUCCUUCAAGAGCAUGGUAUUCCUGUUCAAUUCCUAGAAGUCCUCAGCAACGAGGAAGAUGACCAAAGAUCAGAGUUCUCUCUCACGCAACAUUUGGCAAAGAACAUGAUCAAUCUGUAUAUCAACCUGCCAUCUAACAACAAGUAUCGUCGACCUGCCAAUUAUAUGAGCAAGGGAUACCAGACUCGACGAAUGGCUGUGGAUUACCAGAUUCCGUUGGUCACGAAUGUCAAGAAUGCCAAAAUCCUCAUCGAGGCGAUUGCAAGGCAUUUCGAGCUGGAAAUUGGCAACCGUGAUUAUCAAACAAGUCAUCGUACCAUCGUUCUUCCGGGAUUGAUCAAUAUUGCUGCUUUUGUGCCUGGAAUUGGCACUCAGGGCAGCCAUGACCUCCAGGCCGUUACUAGGGCUUCAAUUGCCUCCGGCUUCAGCAUGAUAAGAGUCAUGCCCAUGGGCGUUGAAGGCGCUAUUACCGAUGCUAGAACGCUGAAGAUUGCUCAGCAAAGUAGCAAACGAGGUGGUUAUUGCGAUUACAACUUUUCCGUCUCAGCGACCUCCAAUAACGCCGAUCAGAUCAGCCAGGUGACAGGCGAGGUUGGAUCACUCUUCAUCCCGUUUAAUCAUUUGUCGGAUAAUAUCAGCAAGGUUGCUGCGGUCACCGCGCACUUCGACUCAUGGCCCACCCAUAAGCCCAUCCUAACUGACGCGAAAACAACGGAUCUCGCUUCUAUUUUAUUGCUUGCGAGCCUUCACAACAGACGCAUUCACGUUACAAGUGUCACGACUAAGGAAGAUAUCCGUCUUAUUGCCCUAAGCAAGCAGAAAGGCCUAAACGUCACUUGCGAUGUGUCAAUUUAUUCGUUGUACCUAUCGCGGAAGGACUUCCCCGAGUGCCAAUGUCUUCCCGAGCCUGAAGACCAAAAGGCGCUUUGGAACCAUCUUAGCACGAUAGAUGUAUUCUCUAUUGGCAGUCUUCCAUACCAGCUUGCACGCCACGCACAAUCCGACGCAAACUCGGUAGACAUCGCGGACCCUACGGUUGGUAUUGCUGAUGCCUUGCCCCUCCUGUUAACCUCCGUUACAGAAGGCAAGUUGACAAUUGAAGACGUGAAAACGCGUCUCUACGACAACCCGAAAGAGAUAUUCGAACUUCACGAGCAAGUUGGAACCUCUGUUGAAGUUGAGGUUGACCGCCCGUACACUGUACCGAGAACAUCGUCCUGGUCACCAUUCGCCGGCAAGACCAUGCGCGGGGCAGUGCAAAGAGUUACUUUCAACAGCAAGACGGUUUGCCUCGACGGAGAAAUUCUUUCAAUCGCUCCGCUUGGAAAUGAUAUGUCUACUCAUGGCAGCCUGCCUACACCUAUGUCGCCGCCCAUGAAGUCGAUCCCCCAACCAUCGCAUCCGCUCGACGCUCUCCGUGCUCGACGCCUUUCAAGCUUUGGUAGACCAGCGGGUGUACCACGGCUGGCAGAUAGUGAGGUAGAUACAGUACGUCCUACUUCGCGAAGUGCACCCACUGUGGAUGAGUUUGGUUUGCCAGGUCCUGCACGAGCGCCUUUUGUUGAUUCCCUGCAUGAUCUUCUCAUGCAACCUUCUGCCUUUAAAAGUGCGCAUGUUCUCUCAGUUAAGCAAUACACACGGUCUGAUCUUCACCUACUGUUUACGGUGGCCCAAGAGAUGCGUCUCGGCGUUGAUAGGGAGGGCGUUCUCAAUGUCCUGCGUGGUCGGGUCCUCUGCACUAUGUUUUAUGAACCGUCGACACGCACCUCGGCAUCUUUCGACGCCGCUAUGCAACGUCUAGGUGGUAGGACCAUUCCCAUCACGACAACGCAUUCGUCGGUCCAGAAAGGAGAGACUCUUCAAGAUACGCUUAGGACGCUUGAGUGCUACGGUGAUGCCAUCGUACUGCGCCAUCCCGAAGAGUCGUCGGUGGACGUGGCGAGGAAGUAUAGCAAGGUCCCUAUCAUCAAUGGUGGCAAUGGGAGCAAGGAGCACCCCACGCAAGCAUUCCUCGACCUUUUCACAAUUCGUGAAGAGCUUGGUACUGUACAGGGCUUGACGAUCACCUUCGUAGGUGAUCUUCUUUACGGGCGGCCAGUGCAUUCACUGGUGUACCUAUUGCGACACUAUCAAGUUCAGGUUCAGCUUGUUGCGCCGAAGUCGCUAGCCCUUCCCGCUGAAGUUCGCAGUCUACUCAAGGAAUCUGGGCAGCUGCUUUGCGAAUCCGAAGAGCUCACGCCCGAAAUACUAUCCAGGAGCGACGUGUUAUAUUGCACCAGAGUGCAGAAAGAGCGCUUCCCAAGCGUCGAGGCUUAUGAGAAAGUCAAGAAUUCGUACCGCAUCGACAACGCAACUCUUAAAUAUGCGAAGCAGACAACGCGCGUACUUCAUCCCCUUCCUAGAAACGAGGAGGUUGCGGAGGAGGUUGAUUACGAUCAACGCGCGGCUUAUUUCAGACAGAUGAGGUAUGGUCUUUACUGCCGCAUGGCCUUGCUCGCUUUGGUCAUGUCCGGUUGAAAGUUAGGCAUAUUUCCAUGGUACUGCCCGGACCGCCUUUACAUUCGUAAACAAUCUUUUUUAUAAGAUUAUGAUACUAGGGUUUGUUUCAAGGAGCAUAAAAGUUAGAUAGCCAUAUCGUCUCCUUCUUUCGUAAGGGUUUAUCAAAAAGUACACGACGUAUAGAUAUGUAAGAACACUGCAUUAGACAUUGAUUAGGCUCACGCCUUCUAUGAGUGAAUGAUUUAAGUAUGAGGCAUAUGGAAUGGCGUAUAGGUAUGUAUAUUAUAUAUGUUUUGGGUAUAUGUAUAGUAUUAUAUGUAUAUAUAUAUAUAUAUGUGUGUGUAUAUGCGUAUGCGUAGGUAUAUAC